CCUCUUGUAGAUGGUUUCAUCCAAAUAUCACUGGGGUGGAGGCAGAAAACCUGCUGCUAACAAGAGGAGUGGAUGGCAGCUUCCUGGCACGGCCCAGCAAAAGUAACCCAGGAGACUUCACACUCUCUGUUAGACGAACUGGAGCUGUCACCCACAUCAAGAUCCAGAACACAGGUGACUACUAUGACCUCUAUGGGGGAGAGAAGUUUGCCACGCUGGCUGAGCUGGUCCAGUAUUACAUGGAACACCAUGGGCAGCUCAAGGAGAAGAAUGGAGAUGUCAUAGAGCUGAAAUAUCCCCUCAACUGCGCUGAUCCCACGUCAGAAAGGUGGUUUCACGGGCAUCUCUCUGGGAGAGAGGCUGAGAAACUCUUGACAGAGAAAGGAAAACACGGGAGUUUCCUGGUGCGGGAGAGCCAGAGCCACCCCGGGGACUUUGUCCUGUCCGUGAGGACGGGGGAUGACAAAGGAGAGAGCAACGAUGGCAAAUCCAAAGUGACACACGUCAUGAUCCACUGCCAGGAUCUCAAAUAUGACGUUGGAGGAGGGGAGAAGUUUGACUCUCUGACAGAUCUGGUGGAGCAUUACAAGAAGAACCCCAUGGUGGAGACUUUGGGCACCGUGUUACAACUCAAACAGCCCCUGAACACCACCAGGAUUAACGCUGCCGAGAUCGAGAGCCGAGUGAGGGAGCUCAGCAAACUGGCAGAGACCACGGAUAAAGUCAAGCAGGGCUUCUGGGAAGAGUUUGAGACCUUGCAGCAGCAGGAAUGCAAACUCCUCUACAGCCGCAAGGAAGGGCAGCGCCAGGAAAACAAGAACAAAAAUAGAUACAAAAACAUUUUACCCUUUGAUCACACCAGAGUUGUUCUCCACGAUGGUGAUCCCAAUGAACCCGUUUCAGACUACAUCAAUGCUAAUAUUAUCAUGGUGAGUGUGUUCCCACCCUCUUCCCUAAAUCCAGGGGAAUCUUGUAUGGUGUUCCAGGAGAAUUCCCGAGUUAUUGUCAUGACCACGAAGGAAGUGGAAAGAGGAAAGAGUAAGUGUGUCAAGUACUGGCCUGAUGAAUAUUCCCUGAAGGAAUACGGAGUGAUGCGUGUCCGGAAUGUGAAGGAGAGUGCAGCACACGACUACACCCUGAGAGAGCUGAAACUUUCCAAAGUUGGCCAGGGGAACACGGAGAGGACGGUGUGGCAGUACCACUUCCGCACCUGGCCCGACCACGGCGUUCCCAGCGAUCCCGGGGGUGUCCUGGAUUUCCUGGAGGAGGUGCACCACAAGCAGGAGAGCAUUCCUGAUGCAGGACCUGUCGUGGUGCACUGCAGCGCUGGGAUUGGGCGAACAGGAACUUUCAUUGUCAUUGACAUCCUCAUUGACAUCAUCCGAGAGAAAGGGGUGGACUGUGACAUCGAUGUCCCCAAGACCAUCCAGAUGGUGAGGUCCCAGCGCUCAGGGAUGGUGCAGACAGAGGCUCAGUACAGGUUCAUUUACAUGGCAGUGCAGCACUACAUCGAGACCCUCCAGCGCAGGAUCGAGGAGGAGCAGAAGAGCAAGAGGAAAGGUCACGAGUACACAAACAUUAAAUAUUCGUUAUCGGACCAGACGAGUGGGGAUCAGAGCCCUCUCCCCCCCUGCACCCCAACCCCAACGUGUCCAGAAAUGAGAGAAGAUAGUGCUAGAGUAUAUGAAAAUGUGGGGCUGAUGCAACAGCAGAAGAGUUUCAGAUGAGAAGAUGUUGAGAGGCUUCCAGGCCAAGGCAGACAUGAAAAUGGUUUUUAAAAAGGUCAAGAAAGAGAUGGAAGAAGCUUCACGUGAGCAGCGAGCUCUGAGGGCUUGGUACCUUUUAAUUUACGGUUUUAAUCCUUCAGUAGGCAAAACUUCAGAGCAUCUAAAGAUUGUUUUUAUCUCUUCUCUCCAAUUUCCAAUUGCUCGUUUUCCAAAUAAAAGGAAAUCCUUUCUACAAGGUAGACAAUUACUUUGUAGAGUCAGUUUUGAAUCCUGCAAA